AUGGAGCCUGGCUUUUGGCUCUAUGAUAUCAACAACGCCGCGAUGGAAGACGCCAAGUCUGAUAUCGAAGGCAGCGAGACAAGCGAGAUCAGCGAAACCGAGUUUUUCCAGCAAAACGACGGAGACAGCGAUAGUGACAGUGUCGACGAGGAUUAUGAUGACGAUUAUCUGGACCUUUGGCACCCUGUUGAAGGAUUCGAAGAGCUUGAACACCGCUGGGAAUUGUUCUCGUUGACUGCUCUUCGCUAUGCUGUGCUCUGGGGCGACUACAUCCGACAGCCAUAUCUUGGAAAUUGUGAACGCUCAGGCUGA